AUGGUCAAAAUCAGCGAUGAACUGCGAGAGUUCGAUGAAAGAUUUGGCACUCAGCUGUUCGGAACAAGUGCUAAUCUCCUGGAUUAUCUAUCAACAUGCGUGUCAAUUGGACUCAUGCUGAUCAUCUGGACUGGACUCGUGAUUGUGGAAGUACAGAGUGAAAAUGGAGUGAUCUAUCUCAUCGAUUGCGGUUUGUCUGCUGUUUUCGUCAGUUGGUCAUUAGUUCAUUGCAGUGUUAUCAUCGAUGCUAUCAGAUUUCGAUUUCAACGGCUCAAUAACACUCUCAUCGCAACAGCUACCUAUCGAAUAUUCUCCAAAGACGGUUCAUUGAUUCGAGCAAGUGCUUUGAAUGAUCGUCGGGUUGUUACCAAUCUUCUGAUGAUCAAACGAGCAAGAAAUCAGAUCUACAAAGUUUUCCUCGAUGUCUCCGGUUUAUUCUCCAGUCCUGUUUUUGUUCUCAUUCUGUACUGCAGCAGCUGCUGCAUCAUUGAUAUCUAUUUCUUCAUCAUGAGUCUGGUUGAACCGAUGGGAGAUGACGCUUGUCAUAUUUUUUUUGACUCGUUCUUUUGGAUUCUUGUUAGUUUGUAUCCGAUUAUUGUAUUAAGUGCGAGUGUCAACAGAUUUCAGACCGAAGCGAAUCGGACGGUUGAUGUUGUUUAUGAUAUCAUGGAGGCGUAUGCAGCGAAUAGAGAGAUCGGGCUUGAGUUGAAUAAUUUUGCUGUUGAGUUGCUGCACAGAAAAAUAGACUUCAGCGCCUGUGGACUUUUCUCAUUGGACUGCUCGUUAUUGCGAUCGUUAUUGGGAACGAUCGUCACAUAUUUGCUGAUUCUUGUCCAGUUCAAAGCACCGGAGAGUAGCCCAAAAGCAUGGAGCAACUGA